AUGGUAGAGGUAGUAGAUUGGGAGAUGUUGGGUGGGUUUUAUUGGGAUGAUGAGGAGAAGGGGAGAGGAUAUCCCAGAUUAUUUGUUCGUGAAAUGGAUGAAGAUGGAUUUGUUGAUACUACUGAGAUUUUGAUAAAGAAUGAGGGGUGGAAAGAAACAGAGAUGCGAAAUGAUAAUUCGCAGCAGCCGAAGUAUGUAGGUGAAUUGCAAACAAAAGGACAUGGAAAGAAUAAUAAGAGACGUCGAGAGGAACGCGGUGAGAGUUCGGUGAUUAAGAAGGCAAAACCAGCAGCGUUGAAUAUUAUUUCAAACUCUCGGUGA